GGGGCGCGGCUCCCUAGCUCCGCCCCCUUCGGAAGCGGAAGUCCCGCCUCCCUCGUAGCCCGGCCCUGGCCCGAGCGCGGGGCCAGGCUGCUGACGGUGCCGGGGCAGAGUCCGCGGCCCGACGGUCCGGCCGCGAGCAUGGCUGCCCCAUCUGCAGAGCAGAUUUACAGAGAGGUACAGGAUUAUUAUGGUAAAAAGUUGCAGAAAUCAGAGGAUCUGCAAACCAAUGCCUGCGUCACCUUGGCUAGGUCUUUGCCCAUGUUCAUAAAGGAGGCUCUGAAGUCUGUCCAUGAUGAUGUAGUGUCAAGGUACUAUGGCUGCGGCCUGGUGGUCCCAGAGUGCCUGGAGACCUGUUGGAUAUUGGAUCUGGGCAGUGGGAGUGGCAGGGACUGCUAUAUGCUGAGUAAACUAGUUGGGGAGAAAGGGCAUGUCACUGGAAUAGACAUGACCGACGCCCAGGUAGAAGUGGCAAAGAAGUACAUUGACUAUCACAUGAAGAAAUUUGGCUACCAGGUGCCUAACGUGGACUUCAUCCGUGGCUACAUGGAAAAGCUGGGAGAUGCUGGCCUUAAAGACGAGAGUUAUGAUAUAGUUAUCUCAAACUGCGUGAUUAACCUCUCGCCUGAUAAGAGAGCAGUUCUGCAGGAGGCCUAUCGAGUGUUAAAGGCUGGCGGGGAGAUGUAUUUCAGCGAUGUCUAUGCCAGCCAUAACCUGCCAGAGGACAUCAGGAAACACAGGGUCCUCUGGGGCGAGUGCCUGGGAGGAGCCCUGUGGUGGAAAGACCUCUACAGAAUUGCUGAGGAAGUUGGAUUCUGCCCACCGCGGUUGGUGACCGCCAGCCGAAUAACCAUCAAUAACAAGGAACUGGAGAGCAUCGUUGGUGACUGUCGGUUUGUCUCUGCGACUUUCCGUCUCUUCAAAGUACCCAAGAAAGGCCCGGCCGAGCAGUGUCAGGUUAUUUACAACGGCGGGAUCACUGGGCAUGAGAGAGAGCUGGAGUUUGAUGCCAAUUUCACAUUCAAGGAAGGGGACGUUGUGGAAGUGGAUGCAGAAACCGCAGCCAUUUUUCGGAGCUCUAGGUUUGCUGAAGAGUUCCUGAUCCGACUGGCUGCAGGGAGGGCACCGGCACCUGGGGGCUGCUGUCCUGCCAAACCAAAGACCUCAGAGGAGGUUGUGGUUGAAUUAGCUGAGACCCGCUGUUGGAGGAUGCUGUGGACAUCAAAGAAUAACUUCUCUCUGGCAGACCUGGCUCAGAGAAGGCAUCUUUUCUGAAUCCAGAAUUCAGUGCUGGGGAAAAGUGCCAGCCUGGCAGCCCUGAUCUCUGCAGUUCUCCACUGAGCAGGUCCAGCACAGACUUCGGUGUGUCAAUGCUUGACUUGAAGCAGCCCUUCUAGGGGCUGAAGGGAUUUUUUCCAAGGUUCAUUCCCUCCUUGGCCGCUCCACUGAGCCUGCCGGCACAGGGACUGCUUGGGAAGGUGGGUGGUUUGCCCAGAAGCAGACAUGUGUCCUCCCUGUACAGCCUGGAGAGUGCAGCAGCGAUUCUUAAGAAAACACAGCCUAAGCCCAUCCGCCAUCCAUGGCCUUGGCGGGGGGGUGCUGGUAUUACUCCUCCUUUGAUCGAAUCUGAGCUCCAGCCAGCCUAAAUAAGGUGCUGUGAUUCGACUUAAAGCGUCUGCCUCUGUGGCCAUGCCUGGUGGGACGGGCAGAGAGCUCUUGGCAUGUGUGUAACGGGACUGGGAAUCCUCUUUGCUUUGGCAGGAGCAGAGGGUGCUUGUGAGCGGAGAGGAACUGCUUCCUGCUGAGCAGCACUCAGUCCUCGCUGUUCUGCCGCUCCCAUUGCAUGUGCAAACAGUGUUACCACUUCUUUGCUGAAUUACAUUGUUGAUGCUCCCUGGAACUAGAGUAAACACAGCCCCCAGGGGCCCUCCAGGGAGUUAACCCAGUGAUGAAUUGGGCUCAUGAGGGAAGGAGAUUAUUUCUUGCUGUAGGAAGGGAUGCUGGUGACACAGCCCGGGGAGCUCUUCCCUCUGUUAGUGUGGACCCUAUGACCUAACCUAGUGGUAAGGGGUGCUGUUGCUGGGGGUGCUGUUCUUCCUAACCUAUCCAUACCCCAUUUCCCAAUGCCAAAACUUGGUGCUAGGGGGUGCUGUGCUGCUGGAGAUGCUAAUAAACCCGAGGUCCUGUCCAACAAUGCUUCACAGAAGCCAAGACAUUUUUCACAAGUACUAGGGUGUUAACCUCUGUAUGGUUGGUUAAUCACGGUCUGCCUUGCAAAAUUCCCCCUGUAAUUUCAGUUUGCUACAGCAUUCACUUCCUGUCCUAAACUAUAAUCUAGUGCUAUUGCAUAUCUGCCCCUUCCCUCCUGACCAGAGGUGGCUGAACUGCUCUAUGCAUAUCCUCUGUAUCAGCUGCAGUUUGUAAAGCGCUUUGGGAUCCAUUUCAGCUAAAGCAGCUCUACAAACCGUAAGAUCCUCAUGCGUUUGAAUAUGCCAUUAAAGCCUGAAGAGUUAAUAAUGAAAAAGGUUUAAGUACAGGAAUUAAGACUGUGAUGCCAUCUUGGGAUCCUUAAGGAGAAAUGCUUAGGAGUGUGUGGAAUUGGGAUGCUUUGCCAGGUGCUAAUGCACAUCUCGGAGCUGUGGGGAGGGGGAAAUCAGAGUGCUGAUCUGGCGUGAGGGAAGUCCUGUGCUGUCAGAUUGGUCAUGGGAAGCCCAGGGCAGCACAAGGAGACUUUUCUGGAGCUCUGACUUGCGGGAGGGAGCUGAGAGGCCAAUUCCCCGGUAACACAUGGCCCCAUGUAAGAGGCUGUUGUUAAUUUAGGGUUGCCUGUGCUGUUUUUUGCAGCAUGCUCUUCCAUUCCUGAAGGCCAGCUCGCUGCCCCACCCACACCCCAUGCAGAUGCAUAUCCAGCUUGCUCGAUGGGAGUUUGACCCUAGCCUGCCAACCCUGACUCCACAGCUCAGAGCUGCUUUAUCUGCUGAAAACUGUUCUCCUCCUCCUGUCACCUUCCACUCAGCCUGCAGAUGUCUGACGAGUCCUUAGACCUGCCACGAGUCCGUGAAAUGGGAAUAAUUGAUAGGGGAAGACGAUAAAUCCAAGCGGCUGUGUGUCCUCGAAGUGUGACCUUGUGUGUGCUGGGGGAGGGGAGGAACGUUCUUGUCUUUCCCCAAGCAGGAGAUGGUUUUCAGAUGAAGGGCUGUACUGGAGAGAGGUUUGCAGUGAUGUUCUGUAGGCUCCUUCCUCCCUAUAACAACCUGCUACUGGGAUCUUAGAGCAAAGGGGUCCAUUUGCCAGCAGAGCAGGGCCCUGAGGUUCCCCUGCUGUAACAGGGAACCUUGCUGUCAGCGUGGAGUGCGAUGCAUCGUGACAGUCAUCUUGGAGUCAGCUGUGUGGCCCUCUAGGCACAGCCCCUCAGGCUGCUGUAGAGCUUAGCAGGAGCUGGAGCUGGCUCCCGCAGUUCUCUGGCAUUACAGAAAAGCUUGUUCGACUUGAAGGAGGAGAAGUGAGUUAAAGGAAAUGACAUCUGAGGGGAGGGAAGUGUUCUGACGUUACCGUGGUGGGGGCCACAAAAGAACCUGGACAGAGCAUGUCAAGGAGGAAGGGAGGACAGUUAAGUUGAGGGUCUGAUGGGAAAUGUGUGGGGCUGUAUCUUUUAUUGCCAUCCUCUGGACUCUGCUCCUUGGAUUGGGUUUGCCCUGUAGCAUUUUGGGAAUUCCCGAGCUUUCCCAUCUUCCCCCGCGUGUUCCGCUUCCAGGUGGUACAGGAGCUCCCUUACAGCCACGUUUCCCCCCGUUAAGAAUAGAAAAAUCCUGUAUCCAAUCUUUAGUCAAGCAUCCUGCUGCAGAGAGAAAUGUGAAUCUCCUCCCUUGCCACCUGCAAUGCUGGUAGGGGAGAUUUUCCCAAUCCUCCACAGGUGAUCAGCCUAUGCCCUGGUGUAGGAGGCUGCUUUCCAACUUGCAUAGUUACCAGGGUUAGUGGUCAUAAAAUAAUCAGCCCCUUAGAGUCAUGUGGCAGGGAGUUCUGUUGGCAGCCUAUGUACUGCAGAAAGAAGCAUUUCCCUUUGUAUGCUUUAAGGAGUGUCAUAGUUUUAAACAAAGCCCCUGUGCCUAAAUGGCAGUUGAUACCUCGGAGCGAUACAUCUGACAUUGGAAUGUGCUUUUCACCACUGAUUCUGCUGCAGGUAUAUUUGGCAUUUUUCUUGACUUGGAUGGUGAAUGUAUCCCAGACUGGUCACUUUGGUUUUCCUGUCUGAGCCUCCACUAUUGUAAAUCAGCAAGAGUUGAAGUCAGGUGAUUUACUGCCGCUGACCAGCUGGCCUUCCCUCUCUAGUCAGUUUCACUUUCAGGUCCUCAUACCCAAUGGUUGGGUUGCAGACACUGAAAAGGAAAAUGCUAGGUUUGUUUUAAAAUCACUGAUUCUGUUCUUAAUUUAACUGAACAUUUCUAUUGGUGGUGUCACCUCUCUUUCCCUACUGUGUUCUCCAUUCAAAUGUCUGGAAUCCAGAAUUUACAAGUGUAAGCAGAGUCUGAAUGAGCUCUCCCCUCACAUCUAGUGGCGAGCUGUGGAAAACUACUUCAGGAGCUGAUCUCCUUUGCAUGGUUACACCCACUCUGCCUAGGUGCUCAGCAUGAUGGGAUUGCUUGCCCAAAUGAUCACUUGUGGCUGGUGUUGAAUCCCCAGUCUUGUUAUUGGGGCAGGAAUAAUAAAGUGGUGUUAUCCCUGUUGUGUGAA